AUGAAUUUAUGUACAACAUAUAUAUGGUUAGUAAUAUUUACAAAAGAUAAAUUUGUACAAUGUGCAGAUAAACAAAACACACCUGGUGGUGGAGAUAAGGAAGGAGAUGGUGAUACAGUUGAUGAAGGAGAUAAUUUUAAUGUAACAGAAGUAGCUGGACAUCUACAGGGUCAUAAUUAUCACUCACACAGUACAGUUUAUCCAAGUGGUUAUUACAAUCCAGGUUAUCCUAUAUAUCAUUAUGGUCAGGGUUAUCAAUAUACUUAUAGUCCUAGAUUUUAUCAUCCAUAUCAACAAGGUUAUCAAGGUCCUCCUCAGUUUCAAUAUCAGUAUGGAUUAAACCAGCCGAGAUAUUAUCACCCAGGAUCACAACAAAUAGGUCAUGGGAAUAGUAGUGAAUAUUCAAAUUCUGGACCAACCUAUCCUCACCCAAAUCAAAAAUCGAAUCAAGAUAAAGUUCCAAGUGAACCUACAGAAAUGAAAAAGCCAAAACAUAGUUAUAAACAUAAUAGACCAACUAAAAGUACAAAACCAACUGAACCAGUUAAGGAAUUGGUCCCAGAAGUUGUUAAACUUGAACUGGACUCUGAUGAAGAAGAAGAUACUCAAACUACUAGGGAUGGAGAAAAGGAACAAUUAGUUGGAGAUAAACCAAAGGAUGAACCAACUCAAAAAACAGAUGAAUCUGGCGAUGUAGAUAAACAAAAUGCUAAGGGGGGAAAGGAGAAAAAAACAAUAAAAUUUCCAAAGAUGAUUUUUAUGAAAAAGAAUUCUGUAGGACAACUAGUAGAAAUGACUGAAGGAGACUACAAAGAGAUAUUUGAUGAUUUUAAUAUGAAAAAAUACACAUUGCAUGCAAGUCUUGAAAUGGUGCUUUGUGAUUAUCAAGUUGUUUUUGAACAUAUAGCUGGAAAGCCUUAUUGCAAUGAAUUAUGUUAUUACGGAUUUAAAAACGUGUUUAUAAUUCGUGGUAACGAUCGGUUUUUCUUUAUUAAAUGCGUCGAUGGUGUUUGGAAAACAAAAUUUCACAAUGUUCCUCGCGACAUUAAAAUUUAUUCGCAGGGUUCUGAAGGUAAUUACGUUCAGAUAAGUACAGAAAAUAUUAAUAUUGAUUUAACUUUGAGUGAAUCAAUUAGGUUUAAUGUUGAAGGUUUAAAAUGUGUAAGGGUAAAAAACAAGGAUGAAGUAGUUUGGGAAAAAGAAAGUGAUGAAGAGUAUCCAAUAUUAAUAUGUUAUACUACUAAAAAACGUUUUUUGGUUUAUUUUAAAGAUUGUAGGAAGGUUUUUGAAAAGACUUCUAAAAAAUAUACGCAGAAAUGUAUCAGAAAAUCCAGAAACAUACCCAAUGAUUCUUAAAUUACACAUGAUAUUUUUUAAUUGAUUUAUAAUGAUAAUUGAU